AUGCGUCACUCAAUGCGGAUGAAUCGAGCAGUACACGGAAAACCGCAGGAAAUAUCGCCACCUUUUCAAUUUCUCUUUAUGGAUGCCAAAGGAUACGAAACACGCUAUUACGAGCCCGGGAAGAUCUAUACCAUUCGGCUGGUUGGCUUUGUGCAUUUUCGUGGCCUGCUGCUCCAAGGACGUUUGGCGAACGAAGAUGGAUUCCUGCUUGGUUCUUUGAAAGGUGGUCGUUUCAUCGAAAAUGAAAACUGGGAAACAUUCGGGAUUCGGAUGCAAGAUUGCAGCCCACGUGGUUCAAGUUUGCAAGAUUCAGUGACGCACAGUGAUGAUUCGGAAAAAUUCAUCGUACAGUUGGAAUGGACUACUGACAAAGAUAUCGGUGCCGUCCAAUUCAUGUUGACGAUCGCUGAAGAAGAUGAGAUUUAUUGGGAGAGGUGGCGACCGGAAAGUGGCUUCAUCAUUCCUAUUAGUUGGAAAGGAAAGGAUCUCAAUGUUAUCAGUGGUGAGACAAUGGCUGUAAAACUUUCUGCUCAGAAACGAAAGCCUAUUGAAUCUUUGACCAGUAGUCAUUACAAGCAACCUUUGUCCGCUGCGGAAAAAACUGAAAAUUUCACUAUUGAGAAGACCCAUGCAAUCUAUGAAAAAUAUGUGCCGCAAAGACCUAUUCCGGAAACAUUACGAGAUUUGGCUUAUCGUCAUGAAAAUGAAGUUGAAGAAGAACUGCGCGAGAAAGCAUCGUCAACUACUACACCGUUCACUGCUCCAUUAUGGAAAUCUGAAAGCUCUAUACGAACAGGAUUACCGUUGAUUCGUACUACUACAGCGUGGCAGUUUCGGAACAGAAAACCGAAGGAGAUUGAGCAUGUUUAUGAGAGUCGCUUCCCGGAAAUCUUUGUGGAAAGCUUGGGCAAUGAACCGACCAAAACAAAAGUGAAGAUGGCGUCAGUGAUAAGAAUGGAUAAAUGCCUCGAGAAUCCAUGCGAAAAUGGUGGACGAUGUCAUUUGAAUAACAGCGCAGAAGUGGGAUUUACUUGUUUUUGCAAAGAAGGAUGGACUGGUCUGCUAUGUCAAAGUUCGAAUUUAUCCUUUCUUCCCUCUUAUUUGAUAGCGAGUUCAACGCUUGCAGUAGGAAAGGUCACUUUCCGCAUGUUCUGGAAGAAAAGUGACGCUAACAAAGGAUCAGUGUGUCGGACACAGCUGCGUAUCGGGAAAGUGUGUCAGCUUGAAGAAUUCUUAUCAAUGCGUCUGCUGGAAGGACUACGCUGGAGGAACGGCACUUGUGUGGAAAAAAGUAACGGUGAACUGGGUUGUAAAUGUCCGCCCGGCGCUGCUGGCAGAUACUGUGAACGUGGGCCUUGUCAAGAUAUUUAUGGCAGCUGCAAUCAGUGGAAGCAACAGGGUCAGUGUAAACAGAUGCGGCAUCAUACACGAUUUUUUGAUAUCAAUUGUGCCGCAUCCUGCGGACAGUGCUCCUCUUCAAACCACACUGUGAGGACAACAAAACCACUUGCUCCAGUUUUACUUCCACUAGCUUGGAUGAUCGGUGUAUGGAAAGCUGAAGUAAACGGUACACCUUGGCGCACUGUAGACUACGUGACGGAUUUCGAAGCGAUAUCCUACACGGAAAUUCUUGCUGUUACAGUUGCUGAUGUGUUAAUGUUCGGCAAGCCGAGUAUCAAUUUCACAUCGAUAGCAAUAAACAGAAACGACACCACUGAUCAGCAUAUACAUUACGGUUUUCUCACAGUUGGUCCGAAUUCGGACGGCAAACCUCUGGUGGCACUUAUCACAGCAAGUAAUCUCGGCCAAAUAAUGGUAGAAGAGGGUGAAGUACGUUCGAACAGUGUUCAGUUUACUCCGACAUAUCGUUCUGUCCUAUCACAUACAGCCAACAGUUUGCCGCUAGAGUUGCACCGAACAUUCUCGAGGAACGAUAAAAGGCUAGUACAAAGUUUGACGAAGAAGGACGUGGAUGGCAGAAAUCGAAGUGUCAGCAAGCGGUACGACAAAAUUGUUGAUAUUGAAUAUCUCUAA